UUUGUCAGUUUCAAACGUAGGCCCCCACAUCAUAUAUAUAUAGUAACGCACACCCUCCCUUUUACUUUAAUUAUUAAUAACCAGUAAUGUAUUAAAUCGAACACUCAUAUAGGUCUUGGUCUGGUUGGUUGGUUGGUUUACUUUUGUCUUGGCUUGUUCUUCCCAGUACUAUAUAUAUAAACACAUUUUAUUUAUAUAUAUUAUAUACUAUAAAACUCACAUCAGCAAACCCCACCCACAAGAUCAUAUCUAUCAUCAUCAUCAUUUUCAUCAUGUUGGGCAUGGAAGAAGUUCUUCUUGAGCUGAGUGGAGAACACAUAAACGAGCAAGGCUUGCCCCCUGGGUUUCGGUUCCACCCCACUGAUGAAGAGCUCAUCACUUUCUACUUGGCUUCCAAAGUCUUCAAUGGAACCCUUUGUGGAGUUGACAUUGUUGAGGUUGAUCUCAACAGAUGCGAGCCUUGGGAACUACCAGACGUGGCUAAGAUGGGAGAGAAAGAGUGGUUCUUUUUCAGCCUAAGGGACAGAAAAUACCCAACUGGGUUGAGAACCAACAGAGCCACCGGAGCUGGGUACUGGAAAGCCACCGGAAAAGAUAGAGAGGUUUACAGUGCCUCCAAUGGAUCUCUGCUUGGUAUGAAGAAGACUCUUGUCUUUUACAAGGGCCGUGCCCCACGAGGCGAGAAGACCAAGUGGGUCAUGCACGAGUAUCGUCUCGACGGUAAUUUUUCAUCCCGUCACACGCGAAAGGAGGAAUGGGUGAUAUGCAGAAUAUAUCACAAAACUGGAGAGAAGAAAAAUCCCAUCUUUCACGGACGACAGAGUUGCUUGCCUGCGUUGCUAGAAGCCCAACCCACUCCAACUCCAAUGAAGGCAUCAUCAUCAUUAUUAGAAGAAUAUGAAUUCACAACUCAAAACCCAAUGCGAACCAUCCCAAGCCAAAACCUUUUCCUGAACAGUGGUAGUGGUAAUGACUUGAAAAGCCUCAUUACUAAUAACCCAGUUGUCUCCCAAUCACACCUCUUCCCGAUACAUGGUUUAUCCACCAGUAGUACCAUAGCCACAACAAACAAAAACCCAUCAAUAUCAACAUCAUCAUCAUCAUCUGUGUUAUUCAAGUCCCUCCUCUCACAUCAAAAUAGCACAUGGAAUAAUAAGCAGCAAUGCCAAGAACAACCAUUAACUGUUCCCAAACAGUGCAAGACAGAGACUAACUUUUCUCAUUUCCAAGCAGCAACACAACCACUCCUCUCCUCCUCCACUCAUCCUGAUAAAGAUAACUAUAACAACUUUCUGCCUAAUAAUUACAAUAAUAAUAAUACCAUGCUUUUCGAGAGCGAUGAUUAUGGAGUACUGGGGCUGUUAUCCUCUUCAUCGAAUGCUGCUCCUCUUCCUACUCAUCUCCAUGAUAUGUCCACUUCAGCAGCAGCCAACUUCAACAGGACCGGCUCUCAGUUUCGGACUCCCUUAUCAGAUCCUCUCAUCAAACUCGCUGGAGGAGAAUCUUGGACACCUUUCGAUGCUUAUUAACUCUGUUUCACAAUAAUAUUCUCUGCUCAACUUUUUAUGCAUACGUUAUAUAUAUAUAGUAUCUAACUUCUUCUUUAAUGUAUAAGUGUUACAUUGCUGAAUCGAACCAUAUAUUACAAGGGCUUUUUUUUAGCUAUGAA